UAACUGUGCGCCAACCAAGUGCAAAAUUUCAAUAUCUUGUCGCACUUGUAGUUAAUAUGCUCCCGAUGGGAUACGGCGUGACAUGCGGCUGGGCGAGUCCCAGUAUAGUUCUUUUGACAUCCGAUGAAACACCACUGCCAUCGGGCAAAAUUACAAUGGAUGAAGCCUCGUGGAUUGCUUCGCUGAUCUGUUUUGGAGCUUUGAUUGGAAAUAUUCUCUUUGGCAUCAUUACUAGCAAAUUUGGCCGAAAAAUUCCAUUAAUUAUUCUCACGAUUCCAACUGUAAUAAGUUGGUUGCUGAUUUUAUUCGCUCAAAAUGUGUAUUACUUGUAUGCAUCCAGAUGGUUGAAUGGAUUCGUGGGAGGUGGGAUAUUUGUGAUCGUGCCUGGAUUUUUGUCAGAAAUUGCUAUCGAUCGUGUUCGAGGCUUCUUGGGUUCAACAUUGGUUUUAACCUGUAACUUCGGCAUAUUGCUGGCUUUCGUUUUUGGCAACUACUUUGAUUUCUACAUGACUCCAAAAUUCGUGAUUAUGUUGACAAUCGUGUGUGGCAUCCUGCUGUAUUUCUUCCCAGAAACACCAUCGUUUCUCAUCAAACAGAACCGAUUGUCUGAAGCGGAAAAAUCGAUUCAAUUCUAUCAAAAUUUGGGUGCAAAAGAUGGGGACUACGAAUUGGUUCAGUCAGAAGUGAGUCGAUUGAGAAGCGCCCUUUACAGUGAAAAGCCUGGAAAAUCGGAUGAAUCAAUGAAAUUGUCGGAUUUGAUACAGACUCCUGGACGAACAGCGAUGUUGAUCGGAAUAGUUCUGGCACUGCUCAAUCAGCUGUGCGGAUGCUUCGCCAUGUUAAAUUAUACCGCCAACAUUUUCGAAGAAGCUGGAUCUAGUAUGUCACCUAAUAUGUCGGCCAUCAUUGUUGGUAUAAUUCAGCUUUUGGGAAGUUAUGCGGCAUCAAAUCUCGUCGAUCGAACGGGUCGCAAGUUCUUGUUCGUAGUAUCGUCGAUGGGCAUUGCUUUUGGUCUAAUUACCUUAGGUGUGUACAUGAUGUUGAAAUCAUGGGGUGUUGAGGUCAACACCUUCAACUGGAUCCCAAUCACAAGCUUCUCGUUUGUGAUUUUCAUUGCAAAUUGGGCAGUGAUGUCGUUGCCUUUCCUUGUCAUCUCAGAAGUAUUGCCCGAAAAAUUGAAAGACUUCGGUACAUCGUUCUGCAUGAUCAUUUUAUGGUCAACCGCGUUCAUUGUGAUCAAAUUUCUACCACUUCUGACUGCCACACUUGGAUUUCAUGGGACGAUGUUCUUGUUUGCCGGAGUUUGUUUGUCGAGUGCGAUGUUCAUCAUUUGUCUUAUGCCCGAAACAAAAGGCAGAAGCUACGAUGAAAUCAUGAACUUACUCAAAUAACCUUGAAAUGCGUUCAGCUUUUUGAUAAGCUUUCAAGUACCAACUUUUCAGUAUGUAGUUGAAUUUCUUAAGACAAUGUAAAUAGUAGUAAAUCGAUUCCAUCAGAAACAAACGCACAAUUUAUAAUAUUUUAAAUUCAAUUUUAAGCUCAUUUUAAUUUUAUCAUUAGAAUUUACCACAUUCCCAAGAGUCUUCUCGACGAAAAUGUCUUCUUUUGGAAGAAUGAAAUAAAGGAAA